AUGACUUCCACAUAUCGGGUCCUGUUUGCCAUUUUAUUGCUGCCCCUGUGCAGCCCUUUCCCCUCCCAUCAGCAGAGGCCACCAUCAUUCUCUAACUCUUUAAGUUUCACCCGGAAGAUCCGAACACGUGUCCAGAACCUGCUGCUGCAAUAUAAUGGGCAGCAACUGGGAGAUGAGCAGUUUGAGGACCGAGACCUGGCACUGCACACCCUGCCUUCCAUCUCUAUGAACUACACCCACUGGCUACAAAUGCAGGACUGGGAGCGUCUCAGCCAGGCGAGCCGGGACCUGCAGACCUUUUGGGCUCACCUGGACAUCAAAUGUCAACAGCUAGAGGCAGAGAGGCAGAACCAGGGGGGAGCACCGGGGGUGGGAUUGCAAGGCCAGCCAGCUCCCACCUUGGCCCAAUCCAUGCUCAGGGUCCAGAUGGACUUGCGGGACCUCAUUCAACAGGUUGACACCCAGCUUCUGUGGCUGAACAGCACAUCUGACACCAGCUCUAUCCCAGACCCCAACCUUGAAAUUAACCUUGAUCCUGCUUCCAGCCAAGCCCCCUGGGACUCGACACACUCCACUCCUCUGCUCCAUUCACUGCAGCUCUGGUCCAGCAGGCUGCAGGGCUACGUGAUUCUGCGCGACUUAAGCCGCUACCUGGGCAAGCUGGCCCGGGACUUCACCCUACUGGCAUCUACCCAGCGCAGCUAG